CUUCCCUACGCAACUUUCAUGAUUUGUGAGUCGAGCUGCGCUGGGUUCCAGGACAUUUGCAGGCCUUACUUGACACUGGGGAGCAACUUUACCACCACAGAGACAUCGUUGCCAGUCCCUACAGGGUUUGCAUCAACGUACCUCACCAUUUCCUGGGGACGCAGGUGUGGAUCUGGACCUUGGGGUUCUUCCUUGCAUGAAGCAAGGAUCAGGAAGCCUUGGCCACCUCUGGCUGAUGGGAUGUUUGUCAGAGUCACACAAAACGAGAAAAUUUAGUUGCUAAAUGCACAGCUUUGCUAGUGCAGUACCUGGUCUAAAAUGUAGGAAGCUUUGGGAAGGUGAAUUUUUUUUUCAGUCCUAUUUCAAAUGCAGCUGCAGGUCUCUUUGUUAGGAUGCUUUCAUUUUCAAUUUAAUGCAGUGAUUUUGAAUGGGUUUGUUUUCCCUAUACUGCCAGUUGCUGGGCUUAGCAUUGGGAAUUUUUUUAUAUAUAUAAAUUUAUUUAUUUUUGGCUGCAUUGGGUCUUUGUUGCCGUGAACAGCGGCUACUCUUCGUUGCAGCGCGCGGGCUUCUCAUUGUGGUGGCUUCUCUUGUUGUGGAGCAUGGGCUCUAGGUGCGUGGGCUUCAGUAGUUGUGGCACAUGGGCUCAGUAGUUGUGGCUUGCGGGCUCUAGAGCACAGGCUCAGUAGUUGCGGUGCACGGGCUUAGUUGCUGUGUGGCGUGUGGUAUCUUCCUGGACCAGGGCUCGAACCCGUGUCCCCUGCAUUGGCAGGCAGAUUCUUAACCACUGCGCCACCAGGGAAGCCCAAGCAUUGGGAAUUUAAAGUGGACCUCGGGGGCUGACAGUAGUGAAUACUGACAAUGGUGGUCAGUACUCUAGGUCUGGAUAGAGAGCCAGAAACUGCAAGCUGCCUCAGCGGGCUUCACAGAGGAGAAAACUUUGAACUCAGUCCUGAAGGAUAAGUUGACAUUUGCCUGAGGUAGAAGGGGCUGAAGGCAGCCCAGGUAGAAGGAACUGCAUGGGCAAAGGCCAUGAUACCUGAAAGAGGCUGGGCCGUUUGGGCAGUAUUGACAAGUGCAGUGUGGCUAGUGGAGGCCAGAGGCUGGUUGGGUCAGGCUGAGUCCAGAAUUGAUCCUACAGGCAUCCUCUGUGGAGGUUUUGAGCAGGGAGAUGCUGUGAUGUGGUCAGAUCAGAUUUUGGGGAUACCCUCUGGUGGCAGCAAGAAAGGAGCAGGGAGCAGCUCUGGGAGGUAGGAAACCUGGAGGGUAGCGUUCGAGACCCCGACCUUGAUCCAAAUAAAGUAGAGGUGAUGGGGUCCUGAGAGCAGACUUGACACCCAUUGAGAGGCAGGACUAUCAGAACGUUGUACCCCUUGGGAUGCAGUGGCUGGGAGAGGUGGCAUAGGUCAGGGGAUGCCAGGUUCCUGCUCAGAAUACCAGGUGGAGGAAAAACAGAUCUUGGGAGAAAGAUAAUGAGCUCCAUUUUGGACACUUCAUUUUUGAAGAGCCUAUGAACAUUCCAGUUCAGCAGCUGCAAAUAAACCUGAAGUUUAGGAAGGUCUGGGCUAGGGAUGUGGAUUUGGGCCAGAAUAAUCACUGGUGGAUGAUAGCCAAAGCCCAGGGACAGGCUAGUGUAGAACAUGAUUCGAUACUGUUCAUUAAGGUAUCAACACUAAAGGGACUUCCCUGGUGGUUCAGUGGCUAAGACUCUGCACUUGCAAUGCAGGGGGCCUGGGUUCGAUCCCUGGUCGGGGAACUAGAUCCUGCAUGCAUGCCGCAACUAAGAGCCUGCAUGCUGCAACUAAGCCCGCAUGCCGUAACUAAGAUCCCACGCACCGUAACAAAGAUCCUGUGUGCCGAGACUAAGACCCGGAGCAGCCAAAAAAAACCAAAAGGUAUCAACACUAAAGAAAAGGUAUAAGAGGAUGUACAGACAGAGCCUGAUUAGAGGUAGAAGCAGCAGAGAAUUUUGAGGGAGUGUCAGGCUUUGCAAAAGUUCCAAUAUAAAGAAAGGGAGCCAUGGGUGUUAUGUGUUGGGCUGGUGGGGCGGGAGCAGAUGCCAAGUUAUCAGGGGACUGGACGUUAAGGCAGUGGGGUCAAGAGGUGAGGACCACUCGUUCUAGAAGUUUGAUCAGGAGGGAAAGAGAGAGAAGGGGUGGUUACUUGAAACGAGGUUAAGCAGGGGAAGGUGGUUGUAUCACAGUGAGACAUCAGCGAGUUUGUCAGCUGAGAACAAAGAAUCAGGGUCCACGCAGAGGUGAAACACAAAGGUGGGGGAAGGGUCUGUGCAUGGAGCAGGGUCCCCGUGCUGGGGGGUGUGUGGAGGAGGGAAGCGGGGGUGUGGUCAGUUGGGGGGAGACUUCAAAAGUCACAGGCUCACGGAGAUGGCCUCCACAUCCUUUUUUUUUUUUUAAAUUCCUUCCUAAAUCUUUAUCCUUUUUUGUUCUGGACUUUGCUAUUACUGCCUUGAGUAACAGUUACAUUUUGCUGACUUCGACCUGUUUUGCAAUCCCAUUAAGAGGGUGUGUUGGCUCAGCUACCUCCUUCUUCCUUCUUCACCCUCCUGGAAACUGCUUUAUUGUUUCCUUCUUGGAAGGAGGACAUUUGUGUAUGUUUGAGGAGUCAUGUUGGUGGGGCAUGACCCUCUGGGGGAGGAAUUAUUUGUACAGAAGCAGAAGGAAAUACUGGGAAAUGUUUCUAACUCACAGCAGUGGCUUUCUGUGGGGUGUGGAGGAGGGCAAGCAGAGGACACCUUUGAAGAGAGGGAGUACUGCUCCAUUUGGUUUUCCUGAGCACAGCUCCAGCUGAAAUACUUACCCUGAGCUCUGCCAACAGGGCAGCCACCAGGGCCAGGCUGGGAGCCAGGAGUCAGGAGGCCCACUGCAUGGGGGUCUGGCUGGCUGUGGUGGGGCUGGUUCUUUUUGCACAUGAAGGUCAUCCCUAAGGCCUCUGUUCUGCCCAGCCCCUAGCCCUCCUCUGAGCUCGGACCUGGAGCUGGGUGGGGCUGGGGACUGUUCAAGAAGUCCUCAUGACUUGCAGCUACCUGGUGAUGCCCUUCAUGCAGACAGACCUGCAGAAGAUCAUGGGGAUGGAGUUCGGUGAGGACAAGAUCCAGUACCUGGUGUAUCAGAUGCUCAAAGGUCUUAAGUACAUCCACUCAGCUGGGAUCAUCCACAGGGACCUGAAGCCAGGCAACCUCGCUGUGAAUGAAGACUGCGAGCUGAAGAUUUUGGAUUUUGGGUUGGCACGGCAUGCAGAUCCAGAGAUGACUGGCUAUGUGGUGACUCGCUGGUACCGGGCCCCUGAGGUGAUCCUCAGCUGGAUGCACUACAACCAGACUGUGGACAUCUGGUCUGUGGGCUGUAUCAUGGCAGAGAUGCUGAUGGGGAAAACUCUGUUCAAGGGCAGAGAUUACCUGGACCAGCUGACGCAGAUCCUGAAAGUGACGGGGGUGCCGGAUGCUGAGUUUGUGCAGAAGUUGAAUGACAAAGCGGCCAAAUCCUACAUUCAGUCCCUGCCACAAAGCCCCAAGAAGGAUUUCUGUCAGCUCUUCCCGCAUGCCAGUCCCCAGGCUGCAGACCUGCUGGAGAAGAUGCUGGAGCUGGACGUGGACAAGCGCCUGACCGCCUCUCAGGCCCUCACCCACCCCUUCUUUGAAUCCUGCCGGGACCCUGAGGAGGAAACAGAGGCCCAGCAGCCAUUUGAUGAUUUCUUAGAACAUGAGAAACUCACAGUGGAUGAAUGGAAGCGUAAGGGCUCGGGGCCUCGGGCUGCUUCCUCUCUCUGCCUGCAGCAUCCCUCUCCUCUGCCUGCUUUGUUUUCCUGCCUGCCCUCAGCCGGUCCCAGCACCCUCCUGGAGACUAUCACCUCUUUCUCUCUGAGAGAAUACUGUCUCCUGUGUGCACUUCUUUCUCCCUGCACUGAGCUGACUUCCUGCUCCACACUAUGUCUGUUGGGAGAGGGGGGAUGUCUCUUGCCCUCAGCACUCCCUACCCCUUGAACCACCCUGUC